AGUACCUGUAACCUUCGAUGCUUUAUCUAAAAAAUUUCUGAGUAUGAUACUACGAUUUAAAUCCAAUCGUGUCGAUAUUGUCUUCGAUCAAUAUUUUACACCGUCAAUCAAAGAUUUUGAGCGUUCACGUCGGGAUGAAAUAAUCAGCCAAGUUACAAUCGGGCCCAAUCAAAUUCGUCCACAUAAUUUUAUAGCUGAACUUAAAAAUAUAUAUUUUGAAGAAGCCCUUGUUAAUUUUUUUAUUGACCAUUGGGCUGGUGAUGAAAUGGCUCCUAUCAUUGGAGAUAAAAUAAUUUAUGUGAACUUCAACAAGUGCUAUUCAUACCGGGUUGAAAGUAAUAAAGUUAUUAAAACUGUUGAAGAUUCACUGUCUUGCGAAGAACACGAAGAAGCCGAUUCUCGAAUAAUAUAUCACAUUUGCCAAAUAAAUGUCGAUGGUGAAGUUGUGAUACGCUGCUCAGACACAGAUAUUUCAAUAAUACUUCUUGGUAACAUGCAUCAUUUGAAUGCAUCACUAAAAAUCUGGGUAAAUUUGGGCGUAGGGAAUCAUGAGCGAUUUAUAAGCGUCAAUCAAGUGCACGAAAUUCUAGGGAAUUCUUUAUCGAAAGCUCUACCGUGCUUUCAUGCACUCACAGGAUGCGACUACACACCAGCUUUUUUCCGGAAAGGUAAACUUCGACCUUUUAAACUGUUAGAGCAGUCAGAAGAGUAUCAAUUAGCCUGUCAAAAUAUUAUAACAGAUGAUGAAGAAUUGCUGGAUGAGACAUUUAGGAUCUUAGAAAAGUUUAUUUGUCACAUUUACGGAGCUCGUGAUUCUUGGAACGUCAAUGAAGUUCGGUUUCAUCUGUUUUCAAACACUUAUCGGUCUAAAAAAUCAGAUGAUAAUUUUGAAAAAAAAUUUCGUAAUUUUGAUCCAUCAAGCCUACCACCAUGCAAAGCUGAAUUGUAUCAGCAUUUACUACGAAUUCGUUACGUUACAAAGUUUUGGAGAAAUGCUCAUUUACAACACCCAACAUCUCUAUCACCUCAAGCUUCUGGCUGGACCAUAAAUGACGAUAAAUAUGAUUUUAUCUGGUUUGUUGGAGAGCAGUUACCAUCAUUAGUUGCCGACAUUAUCAUUAAAGAUAAUAGCUUAUUACAAGACGAUGAUAAUCCAAAAGACGACGAUGGCAAUGAAAAUGACAGUAGUGAUGAAGAUGAUGAUAAUUAUCAAGAUGCCUCCGUUUUUUGUGACACAAUUAUGGAUUAAAAAAUAUAAUUUUUGUUUACUUUCAUCCUUGAGAUAGAUUAUUACCUUAAUUUUGCACAAAA